CAUUUUAGUUGGCUUAGAACUUCGGCUAAGAUGGGUGCCUUUCAAUGGUAUGUUUAUUUGGGUGUGGUCUUGGUUUUAGGUUUGGGCUUAGCACAUUGUUUUCUGGUGUUUCCACAUCAAGGAUCGUUUGGUUUGCUAGCUGCUGUGGCCAUUCCUUUGGAACUUGGACCCAAAAAUGUCUACAUGGCCUUCAACUUUGAGUCCAACUAUGGACUGCCAAACAAUGACACAUACAACCAGUUUGUUGAUGAGUGGGAUCUUGAUGAUCACUACCUGGGCCUUAAUGGCAAUGUCACACCGAUUAAUGCACGACAGGAUGGAAGAGACUAUAUAAACGACGAGGACAACGAGGUAAGGCGUCGGUCGGUGGGAUCCCCACCACCCUUUAAGCGCCACGAUUUCUACCGCUGUAUUAUAAACUUCCUGACCCACUAUGGAUUCAAUGGCUCUGCCUGCCUGCUGCGAACAAUCUGCGAGGUCAGCGAAUCGCCCCUGGAUGCCCAAAACGGACUGGUGGGCAGCCUGUUUCAGAUUCUAUUCAUGCCAACGACGAGUGCUGCAGAGCAAGAACUACAGCACGUGGACGGACUGUACGAGGCCUCCGAUGCGGGCACGCGUGGCCUGGGCUGCUCCGAUUACGUGGCCCACUGCGAACAUAGUGCUUUGGACUUGAUAAGCAUUGUGUUUUAAAUAACUAAAAUGGAUAAAAAGUUGAAAUUUUACAUAAAAAUGUUUAGCCUUGGGUCGAG